CACCCCACCCCACCCCAGACGUCCCGGCGGCGGCGAGGGCGAGCUGGGAGCCGGUUGCCGGUCGCCCCCCGCUGCUCCAUGGCCCCGGCCGCGGCGGCGGAGCCCAGCGCCCGCCACCCCCCGGGGGAGCGGCCCCGGCCCCGGCCCCGGCCCCGGCGGGAGGCGGAGGAGUGGCCAAGCCGGAGACGAUGACUGCCAAAAGCGCUGAAACCAACGGACCCAUGCGGGAGCCGGAGGCGGGGGGGACGAAGCCGCCAGUGCCCCCCGCCCCGCCGCGGCGCCGGGGCCGCAGGCUGCGGCACAAGUCACCGCCGGAGGUUUCGGUGAAAGGGCAGCUCCGCAUGCGCUCGCCAUCGGGGGCCUUCGUCAUGGUGGGCAUCUCGGUGGUCCUGGUGGGCAUGACCAUCGCCGUGGUGGGCUACUGGCCCCACCGGGGACCCGGGGGCACCGGGGCCAGCGUGGGGAAUGCCAGCAUCGCAGGGGACAUGAGGAGGGAGGUGGCCGCCGGCCGCCACGUUCCCCACAGUGAGAAGCUCAAGCUGAUCGGCCCCGUCAUCAUGGGCAUCGGGCUCUUCAUCUUCAUCUGUGCCAACACCAUGCUGUACGAGAACAGGGACAUGGAGACCCGCAGGCUGAUGGAGAAGGGGCUCUACUGCGCGGCGGCGGGUGUCCCUGAGGGGGCCGGCCCCGAGGACGGGCGCUGCCAGCACGGGGACAGCCAGCCCGUCCCCAAGGCCAACGCCGAGUGCGUGGAGGGCUGCUACCAGGUGGAUCUCUCCUGCCACCCCUGCCCCAGCCCCGGCAGCAAGUGGUCCGACUGCUACGGCCCCAACAGGCUCCAGACCACGGCGGAGUUCCUCCAGCACCCAGCAGCAUCCCCCGCCACCUCCCUCCUCAGCCUCCGCUCCGGUGCCUCCGCCGAGGCCAACCUCAGCCUCCCCCGCCGCGCUGGAGCCGAGUCCCUCCUCUCCUCGGCCGUCGGCGCCUUGGCGCUGCCCGUCAUCAAGCUCAACAACCGCUUGCUGGAUGCGGCGGCACGGGGGGCCGGCGAGAGGGUGGAGGGGGGCCCCACCGAACCCCUCCCUGAAGCACCACCACGGCUCUCCCGGGCUCCGCUCUCCGACGGCAGCAGCAUCGCGCCCCGUGGCCAGGGCCGUGGGGGUGGUGGUGAUGGUGGUGGUGGCCACAUCAUCAUCGCCGUGGAGGGCGGCUGCCCCGGCGUGGAGCCGGCGGCAGCGGAGCUCGGCCCCAACGUGCAGCUCCACACCCCAGGACACUCCAAGUCCCUGGACCUCGGCCGGCCGGGGGUGCUGCUGGUGGCCCCCAUCAAGGACCGUAAGAACCGGAGCUGGCCCCGGCUGGAUCACAUCAGCCUGGUGGGUUACGCCAAACUGGGAAGUACUGGCGAGUCCUCAGACCGGCUGCUGGACCCCAACGAGCCCCCGAGCCGGGGCGAGCCCCGACCCAGCUCCUGGGUGGUGGGGAUGGAGCGAGGCGCGCAGGUCUGACAUCCCCAACACCUUUGGGGACCGUAACGUCACAGUCCCUCGUCCUGACCCCCAGCACCCACCAGCAAGCCCGAAACCCCACGUCCAGGAGGGGUUUGGGGAUGGCGUUUUUAAGUGGAUGCCAAGAGGGAGGGUCCUGACCUGCUGCUCCUUGGGAAGGACUCACCCGGGGUGGGAUGUCCUCUCUCAGUGGAUGCUCUUGGCCGUACAAGCCCUUCUCCUGGUGGCUUUUCCAGAGGAGCCCUGGCUUUGAGACCCAACACAAACUGGGGGAUGGGGAUGUGGGGAUGGGUGAAGCCCCACCAGCCCCCCGCAGCACUUUAUUUCAGCAGGGUUGUGGGGAUGUUUUGAGGGGUGGUGUCCCUUUGCCCAGCCUCAACCCACCAGAAAAUUCGCUUGACCAGAGCACGUAAGCCCGAUGGGGCUAUUAAAUAUUAUCUUGAUGC